CUUUGGUACCUUUCAAACCUCAACCAGUUCGGUCUUUCUCUAAUGUACAGCGAAAUUCACAGAAAAUAAAACAAUCAUUUGAUUAUGUACCUCGAAACAAGAUAAUAAAUAAGUUUCCAUACAAUCUUGGUUUUAUUGUUAACUGAUUAUUAAUAGCGCAUGGUGUAAAUGUUGUAACUAUAUUCCGUGAUGGGAUGUUUACUAAGUAUUGACGAGAAGGAAGCUGUUCUAAGAUCUAAACAGAUAGACGCCUCACUCAAAAGCGAUGGCGAAAAAAUGGCAAGAAUAGCUAAGCUGUUGUUGUUGGGUGCUGGUGAGUCUGGGAAAAGUACAAUACUUAAGCAGCUAAAGUAGGGUCAGUCAACUUUUAGAUGACUUUUUAGAAUUAUUCACCAGUCUAGCUACACAAGAGAGGAGUGCUUACUUUAUAAGCCUGUUGUUUAUAGCAACACCGUUCAGAGUAUGAUAGCAAUUAUACGAGCCAUGGGUCACUUGUACAUUAAAUUUGAGGACGAGUGUCGAGUAGACGACGCUCGAACUUUAUUUGCGUGUGCGAAUGAGGCCGCAGACGGUUACUUAUCAACUGAAUUAUAUAAUGCUCUUUAUCAACUCUGGAAUGAUAAUGGUGUUCAACAAUGUUUCAAGCGUUCAAGAGAAUAUCAAUUAAAUGAUUCAGCAUCCUACUUUUUCAAUUCUUUAGAUAGAUUGGCUAAACAUGAUUACAUUCCGACCGAUCAAGACGUAUUAAGAACACGUGUAAAGACUACGGGCAUACAAGAAACUCAGUUUUCUUACAAAAAGAUUGAGUUCCGGUUAGUAGAUGUCGGCGGACAAAGAUCAGAAAGAAAAAAGUGGAUUCAUUGUUUCCAAGAUGUCACUGCAAUCAUAUUUGUGGUUGCAUUAAGUGAAUAUGAUCUUGGUCUAGCUGAAGAUCAAACAACUAAUCGAAUGGUUGAAUCUAUGAAUUUAUUUGAUUCCAUAUGUAAUAAUAGUUGGUUCACUGAGACCAGUAUGUUGUUAUUUUUGAAUAAGCGUGAUUUGUUUGAACAAAAAAUCUACCAUUCACCACUGACAAUUUGUUUUCCAGAAUAUAUAGGUGAAAAUAAUUAUCAAGAAGCUGGAUUAUAUAUACAGACAAAAUUUGAAGCACUUAAUAGACAGACAACAAAAGAAAUCUAUACACAUUUUACAUGUGCGACAGAUACUACAAAUAUACAGUUUGUAUUCGAUGCUGUAACAGAUGUUAUCAUAAGGCGUAAUCUUAAAUUAGAUGGACUUUUAUGAAAUUUCUUCAUAUUUUUUUAUGUUUGCGUACAUAAACAACUUGUGUGAGAUUUUAUCUUUUGAACAUUGUGUAUACUGUUCUAUGAUUAUGUAUGAAUUAUUUGUAUAAACCUUAUGAAGUAAUAAAAUUAGCUUCAUCACGUAUAUCACGACCUUAUUAGUAAGAAUAUAUAGGAUGUAUAUGUUUGUGAUAAAAGUACACAUGCCGUUCUCCAGUGAACUUAUAACUUGUCUUUAUGCUUUUAUAUGUCUUUUGAAGAUCCUUAUACUAUUAAGAUUACUUUAAUACGAAUAAAUGUUUUAUGAAAUUUUA